GGAAGUCGCCGCCGCCGCCGCCGCCGCCGCCGCAAUGCAGAGGGAAGAGAAGCAGCUUGAGGCGUCAUUAGAUGCACUGCUGAGUCAAGUGGGUGAUUUGAAGAAUUCACUGGGGAGUUUCAUUUAUAAGUUGGAGAACGAGUAUGACCGGCUAACCUGGCCCUCUGUCCUCGAUAGUUUUGCCUUGCUCUCUGGACAGUUGAACACUUUGAACAAGGUCUUGAAGCAUGAAAAGACACCACUGUUCCGUAACCAGGUCAUCAUCCCUCUGGUGUUGUCCCCGGACCGAGAUGAAGAUCUCAUGCGACAGACUGAAGGACGAGUACCUGUUUUCAGCCAUGAGGUUGUCCCAGAUCACCUGAGAACCAAGCCUGACCCUGAGGUAGAAGAGCAAGAGAAGCAACUGACGACAGAUGCUGCCCGUAUUGGUGCUGAUGCUGCCCAGAAGCAGAUCCAGAGCUUGAAUAAGAUGUGCUCAAACCUUCUGGAGAAAAUAAGCAAAGAGGAACGAGAAUCAGAGAGUGGAGGUCUCCGGCCGAACAAGCAGACAUUUAACCCAGCGGACACCAAUGCCUUGGUGGCAGCUGUUGCCUUUGGGAAGGGGCUGUCUAACUGGAGACCUUCAGGCAGCAGUGGCCCUGGCCAGCCAGGCCAGCAGGGAGCUGGAACAAUCCUUGCAGGAGCCUCGGGACUGCAGCAGGUGCAGAUGGCAGGAGCGCCAAGCCAGCAGCAGCCCAUGCUCAGUGGUGUGCAAAUGGCCCAGGCUGGUCAGCCAGGAAAAAUGCCAAGUGGAAUAAAAACCAAUAUCAAGUCAGCUUCAAUGCAUCCCUACCAGCGGUGACUGUGGCCAGCAACCUCCAAUCCCAGCGCUGUUUGCAGCAUUGGGUGGAGAAGUUGGUUUUUGCCAAGCUAAACCUAAGUGAGCGCAGAAGAGAGAAGCUUUCAGCAAUGGCUUUCAGCAAUGGCUUUCAGCAAUGGACAGAUUUCAUCCAUACUGCUGACGAGGUGUGUGAUCUUGGGCAAACGACCUAGUUUUCCUUAGGCUGUUUUCUUGCUUGUAAGUGAUAACAGUACCUACCUCAUAGGGUUGUUGUGAGGAUUAAAGUGAGAAAAUGUAAAGCACUUAGCAAACUAUGUGAAGUAGUGGGUACUCAAUAAAUAAUAGUCACUUUUCGCCCACUGCCCUUCUUAAUCCUCAAUCCAGAACUUAGUCUAAUGUGAUGCUGUUUCACUUCAAUGGUGGACCCCUGGAAACAACACCAUGGACCACUCAGCUCUUUUUAAAAGUCUGGCAGCCACUAAGACCUUAGAAACACACUGUCUCGCAAGCCUGCCCGCCUGGCCGGGUUCCUCACCAUCCCUCCGGGCUGCAGGUACGACUCUCUGCGUCUGAGGAAGCUCCGGCCUGCUCUGCUCUCCACCUUUGAGAAGCCAGUCCAGCUCUCACCUAGAAAGUAGUCGCAGAGUCCCUUGUCCUGGGCCCCACCCCGUGUGUAUGCAGCGAGUUGUCAAAGGACUGGCUGGUGAGAGCUUCCUUGGGAAGUGAGGCAGGACUGUGAGAAAGGUUUUAAUAUGUCAAAUGGAAAAAAAAAAUCCCUUCCUGGGAACCGGAGAGAGAGUAUGCUUAUCACAUGCACCCAACCUGGAUCUAAUCUCUGGCACCUCAGAUGGUUCCCCAAGCCUGCCAGCAGUGACCCCUGAGUGCAGAGCCAAGAGAAAUCCCUGGGCUCCCUUCCAUUUCUUUUAUUUUGUAGGGAGAAGGGAGUUGCUCUCAUCAUCUUUUAUCAGGCAUUAGUGUCCCGUUAGUGCCUCCCUUCUGGCCUUCGUUGGAUUUCCUCGUUCGCUGAACCAGAAGCUAGAGGAGCCAGAUGGAUGAUGGGCGAAGCAGCCCAUGAUUUUCUUCAUGCUUUAGAAAGCUGCGGAGCUACUGCCGUUCUUAGCUCUCCUUUGGGCAAAGGCAAGAAAAGAGAGUGGGUUAAAGAGUUUGGGGGCUAAAGAGACCGUGCAGGGGUUAAGGCAUUUGCCUUCAAUGUAGGUGACCCUGGUACCACAUGACCCACCAGGUGUCACUGGGUAAUCCCUGGCACCACAGGCCCCAAGGAGCACUAUCCUCAGCCCCUCAAAUUGAACCAUGGGCCUGGUUGCCUGAGAAUCACCAAGAGGGUUCCUAAGCCUCCUGAUGACUGCUUGCGACCCCCUCUAUCCUGGAAAAUAGGAACAAAGGGUUUUUCUAAAUAAAGUUUUCUGACUCGA